UUGUAUAUUCCAAUAAAUACAGUAUACCGCAGUAAAGCGCGCUCUUAAGGCUUGAAUUGGAACAUGUUUUGAUGCUAGAUGUUUAGAAAACUCUUAUCACUUUUCCCGCCUAAAAUACUCAGUAACAAGUUUGUUGUAGACAAGUUAUUGUCAAAUUACUUGUUAUUGGCUGUUGGUCAUAAUAAGCAAUUGUUCAGAUUCACGGAACAUUCGCAGUUUAGAUUCAAGUAUCUUCAUAAUACUAUGCCUCCUAAAGGAAAAAAGAAGGUUGAAAAGGAAGAGGUCCCAGAUCAUGAAUUAAGUGAUAGUGCCAGUGAUAGCGAGCCAGAAGCCAAAAAAUCUAAAGCCAAACCCAAGCCAAAACCUAAGAAAAAUGAAGAUAAGAAAGAACGAGGUACCAAACGGAAAAAAGAAGACAAACAAGAGGGUCCUGCUAAAAAGACAAAAGUGGAGCUUACAAAACCUGAUCUCAAAGAUCUGAAUUUUGACUGCGAUAAAUCAACUCCAAAUGGAGAAAAAUGGAAUUUUAAAAUUACAACCUGGAAUGUUGCUGGAUUACGUGCAUGGCUUAAGAAAGGAGGUAUCGAUUAUGUUAAAAAAGAGGAUCCUGAUAUUCUUUGUCUUCAAGAAACUAAGUGUCGUGAAGAUCAAGUUCCUCCUGAAGCUAAACUUCCAGGCUAUCACAUGCAUUGGGUUAAUGGAGUGAAAGAUGGUUAUGCUGGUGUUGCCUUGUAUUCCAAAAUUAAACCUAUUAGUGUCGUUAAAGGAUUGAAUAAUAAAGAGCAUGAUACUGAAGGAAGAGUUAUAACAGCGGAAUAUGAUCAAUUUUAUUUAGUUACUACUUAUGUUCCUAACGCUGGUCAAGGGUUGAAAACUUUACCUAAACGUUUGAAAUGGGACGAAGAUUUUAGAAAUUACUUGAAAGAAUUAGAUGCCAAGAAACCUGUCAUACUUUGUGGUGAUUUGAAUGUUGCUCAUACAGAAAUUGACCUGGCAAAUCCCAAAACAAACACCAAAAAUGCUGGUUUUACACCAGAAGAAAGAGAAGGUAUGACUGAACUCUUAAAACAAGGCUUUGUUGAUACGUUUCGACAUCUUUAUCCCGAUUUGACUGGAGCCUACACUUUUUGGGCUUAUUUUAAUAAUGCCAGAUCAAGAAACACUGGUUGGAGACUGGAUUACUUCAUUUUCUCAGAAAGAUUUAUGCCCAAUUUAUGUGACAAUGUAAUUAGAAAUCAAGUUUAUGGUAGUGAUCACUGUCCUGUUACACUAUUUGUAUAUAUUUAGGUUUUGAAAAUUAAUGACAGUAUUUUUGUCCACUUUUUUUUAGUUACCUGUUUUUGUCUGUAAUUAUUUUAUGUGUAAUUUUUACCUUAAUAUUAAAAGUUGAUUGUUUCCUCCUUUGUUUUAUUUUUCUAAUUGUUCUAUUUAUCCUUACUAUGUACUAAUUUUACCUUAUAGCGAUUUACUAACAGCUAUAAUUAAAAAUGCAAUUUGCAUUUUGACAAAUAAUUGUAAAGACUAUAAUACAUAUCCUAUAAUCUCCUUUCAGGCAUAUGGAGUUCCCCAAUUCCUUUCCUAUCACUAUGUGACUGAAUUAAUUAUUAUAUAUAUUUAUCUGUUCCCUUCAUAAAAGUUUUAGGCUGUUAAAAUUAGGAGUUUUGGGUAUGGGUUGACC